AUGAGCGACAACGUUCAAGCUGUGGCAUCAGCCACGGGCAGCAGCAACAGCGGCGAGCCUGGAGCGCACUCCGCGAAGGCCUAUCAUCAAGAUGGCGAAACCCACGUCUUGCCACUCACCAAGAGCUUCAGUCGCCUUGCACUCAUGUAAGUUCAGUCCCAUGUCCAGGCAGCUUUGCCGCUCGUCACCGCGACGGGGUCGUUGAAUUCGUCGUCGUCGGACGGGCCUUCGGUCACCUGGUCACCUGCAGCCCCGAGUUUUCCUCCCACCCGUUUGACGCGGCUACUCCGAGAUUCCGCACUCGGUUCGGCGUUCGCGUCAGGUCGCGUGAGCUGAUGUCAACGAUACAUUGAAUCUGGCAGUGGGCUCGCUUAUGCCAUCCUCAAUUCUUGGACUGCUAUGGUGCGUGCUUAAUUGAUUGCACAUUGGUGGCGACCUUUGCAGACAGUGUAGCUGAUACAACCCAUCUCGCUCUCUUUCGCUAAUCUCACGCUCGGCGUUGGAUCGGUCUCUCUGACUUUUGGUCGCUCCGCACCCGCUUGUCCGCGCGACGAUGUAUAGGCUGCAUCCAUCUCUGUUGCCUUACCAUCGGGUGGACCCUCGGUCGUGCUGUGGGGAAUUCCCAUUUCUUUCCUCGGCAGUUUCGCCACAGCGGUCUCUCUCGCCGAAAUUUGUCACGUCUACCCAAGCUCGGGCGGGCAGUAUCACUGGGUCGCUCUUCUCUCGCCACCAGGGCGGGCCCCCCUUUUCGCUUUCAUCGAAGGAUGGAUUGCUUGUGCAGGAUGGGUCGCACUUGUUGCUACGGCUAGUUCACUUGCGGGUCAGCUUGUGACGGGCAUGGUGGCUUUGGCGCAUCAGGACGUAGUCGUUCAGCGGUAUCAGAUUUUCAUCGUUUGUCAGUCCGUGUCCCCUCGUCGGGUGGCGAUCUAUCUACAGGCAACCGCAAAGCUGACUUCUGCCGAUCGAUCGAAUCCACUCGAGCACCGCAGACGUUGCCUACGCCUUGUUGGCCUUCGCAUCCAACUUGUGGGGUCACAAAAUUCUGCCCAUCAUCAAUCAAGCGGCCCUAUCGUGGUCGCUUGCCGGCGCAGCUACGAUCGCGAUCGUUUGCCUCGCCUGCAAAUCAGGUCACUAUACGUCAGGCAAAUUCGUCUUUGCUACUUUCAUCAACGAGACGGGGUGGAAUAAUGGCGUGUCAUGGAUCCUUGGCCUGCUACAGGUCAGUGCCUUUCGAUUGACCUCGUUCGGUCAAACGCGAGCACUGGUACUCACUCAUCCCACCUAUUUCUGAACAGGCAUGCUUUGGAUUGACGGGUUUUGAUGGUGUAACACACAUGGUCGAAGAGAUUCCGCGGCCCCACAUCAACGCCCCGAUCGCCAUGUGCGCUGCGGUCCUCAUCGGUGCCGUCUCGUCCUUCAUCUUCCUCGUCUGCCUCCUCUUCACCACCAGCAACGUUAACCAGGCCAUCGAGUCGAGUGCAGGGGUUCUCCUCGCGGCCAUCUACCAAGCAACUGGCUCGGUUGCCGGAUCGCUGUGCUUGCAAGUCUUCCCCGUCGUCUCCAUGUUCUUUGCCGCACAGGGGCUCUUGACGAGUUCGUCGCGUAUGUGCUACGCUUUUGCCCGUGAUGGAGGUCUACCGUUCUCGAAGUUUUUUGGACGUGCCAACAAGGAGGGGAUCCCGGUCAACACCUUGAUCCUCAACACGGUGCUCGUCAUCAUUUUUGGGCUGGUCUACCUUGGUGAAUACCCGCACCUUUAUGAGUCCGGUUCGCAUAGGUCGUAGGCUGACUGGAUAUCUCAUCCGGUUGCCCGCACGUGCAGGUUCAUCGUCGGCUCUCAACGCCAUUCUUUCGUCGAGUGUCGUGUUCCUCAACAUCUCCUACUCUGCCCCGAUCAUCUUGCUCGUGGUCCGAGGUCGCCACUUGCUUCGACCAGAGGGCUUCCCCGAGCCUACCCUGACACUCGGUCGAUUCUGGGGACCGGUCGCCAACAUCACGGCGCUUAUCUUUAUCCUCUUCACGACCGUGUUCUUCCUCUUCCCUCCCGAGCUUCCCGUCACGGGCUCCAACAUGAAUUGUGGGUUGGAUGUCUGCUCAGUGCUUUACGCGGUGAAGAUCAAUAUUCGCUAAUAGGCCCGAUGACAUCUCACAGACGCCAUCGUCGUCUUCGCCGUCGUGCUCAUCAUCGCCACGGCGCACUACUUCAUCUCGGCUCGUAGGACCUAUACGGGUCCCAAGGAUCUGAACGUCGUGUUCGAGUUGGUCCGAGCAAGGAUGGAAGGUCGUGAUGGAUCCGAGGUGACUGAGGUCGUGGGUUCGGACAAGUUCGAUGAUAAGACUGCGGCAAAGCUCUGA